AUGCUUGACCGUGGUGCCUGGCACGAGAAGGCCUUCCCCAGUGGAUCCCCAAAUCUGGGUUCUGGCCCUCUGAUGUACCCCCAUCAUACUGAAUGCCUUCCUCCCGUAGCACUUAUUACACUGAUUUGCUACAGAGCCCUCCAGUCCCCAGCCCAGUUCGCCUGGGCCCGCCCCUCGCGACGAGAUCGCGGGGAGGGGCCGAGUCGAAACCCGAGCCCCGCGCCCACCGCCCGGGCUGGCGACGUGGCUCGGCCUCCCCGGCCUCCCCCCGCAGCCCGGCGGCCAAUGGGCGCGUCACACAAGCCUUGUGGGGUUUGUUUGUUUGUUUGUUUGUUUGAAUACAGGAAGAUUGUUGAUCGAAUUGACAGUGAUGGGGACAGCUUUGUUACUACUGAGGAACUGAAAACUUGGAUCAAGCGAGUGCAGAGAAGAUACAUCUAUGAUAACGUCGCUAAGGUCUGGAAGGAUUAUGAUCGGGACAAAGAUGACAAAAUUUCCUGGGAAGAAUACAAACAAGCCACCUAUGGUUACUACCUAGGAAACCCUGAAGAGUUUCAAGAUACUUCAGAUCAUUACACCUUUAAAAAGAUGCUGCCACGUGACGAGAGAAGGUUCAAGGCUGCAGAUCUCGAUGGUGAUCAGAUAGCCACUCGGGAGGAGUUCACAGCCUUUUUGCACCCUGAGGAGUUUGAGCAUAUGAAGGAAAUUGUGGUUUUGGAAACUCUGGAGGACAUCGACAAGAAUGGGGAUGGGUUUCUGGAUCAGGACGAGUAUAUUGCGGAUAUGUUUUCCCACGAGGAGAACGGCCCUGAGCCAGACUGGGUUGUGUCAGAACGGGAGCAGUUUAAUGAGUUCCGGGAUCUAAACAAGGACGGAAAGUUGGACAAAGAUGAGAUUCGCCACUGGAUCCUGCCUCAAGACUAUGACCAUGCUCAGGCUGAGGCCAGGCACCUGGUGUAUGAGUCAGACAAAAACAAGGAUGAAAAGCUAACCAAAGAGGAGAUAUUAGAGAACUGGAACAUGUUUGUCGGAAGCCAAGCUACCAAUUAUGGGGAAGAUCUCACAAAAAAUCAUGAUGAGCUUUGAUACAUACAGCAGACCGUCGGAGGCUUUCUUUCAUAUCCUGGAUGGUUGCUACAAUUGUCUCAUUUGCAAAAAAAAAAAAAAAAAGCAAAUUUAUAACCUCAGAUUGGGGUUAAAAUUGUUUUUCAUUCAGUAUUUACUGGAAAAUCGUUACUGCUAUUCUUCCAGUAAGACUUCUCUCCAAACACGUUAGAACCUGGGUAAAUUGCAAUGCUCUGUGGGGAUACUUGCUAGAAACGAUUUUUCGGCUUUUCCAUUAAACAUAGACUAAAGGGGAAGGAAAUUUGAAAGAGCCCCUAUAUUCAGAAGUUGGGUGGGUUGGGGGCAAUGUAGGAAGCGACUGCUAUGUAUUUUAACUGCACAUUUUUUUUGCAUUUGCCACUGUUGAACGGCUGGUUCACUGAUGGAACUACAGUGGUGUUUUCCUGUGUAGGCUUAUUUCAGAGCACGCCUAAUAUACCAGAUUCUUCCUUCCUGUCUUUGUACUCUGAGCUCUCACUGUAAAUGGUAUAUAAAACCUCCGUGCAUUUUCCUGCACGGACCUGCUAAUGUGCACAACAGAUCCCUAUCUUUGUGGUUUUUGUUUUUACAUUAAAAAGCAAUCAAGAAAGAUAAUGUGAAAAAGAAAGGAAUUUUAGAGGUAGGGAAACGUGAAUGUCAGGCAUUCAAAGAGCUAUAGGAAAAUGAUAAACACUUUAUUAUACUUGAGAACAUUUUCAUGACAUAUAAAUGAGGUAGGUAGGUCUGAUCUUGGAAGAAGUGAAUAGAAACACAACCCAUUUCCUCGCUGCUCACCAAUAGGAAUGAGGCAGUGGGGUCCCGGGGAAGUGCGGCUUGUGGAGCCCUGGAGUCUGUGCUGUCUGGUCCUGGUGAGUCCGCGACCCUCGGAAAUGCCCCCAGGACUCUACACCGUGCAAUUAGGACACGUGAUGCUCCAAGCCAUUGGCUGAACUGGUAGAAACAACUUUUACAGGUUGAAAUUUCACCUUGUAAGUAGAAAGCGAACAAAAUAAAGGAUCCCGCUGAGGAUUUUCUACUGUG